CUUGCGUUUCCGCGUAGUUGUAUCACAGAAGACAUGAAUCUAUUCACUUACUUCAGAAACAUCUCUAUCACAAUCACCAUAUCACUUUUUAUUUGCAGUGUUUCCGCCUGUCAAAUAAAUGAAGGGAAAAAUACAGAAAUGAUAACAAAGCUAGAGGAGAAAGGGUUUGUAAAAUCCCCGCGUGUCAAAAAAGCCUUGCAGAAUGUGGAUCGUGGUUGUUUUGUUGAGACAAACCCUUAUAACAUUUCUUCAAUGUCAACGAAAUCCGAUGCCAUAAUUCUUCCUCCCUUUGUCCAAGCAACUAUUCUGGAAGCACUGCAUGACUACAUCAAAGACGGUUCACACUCUUUAAUUAUGGAGCGGGGUAGUGGAUACCUCUCAGCUUGUGUAACGUUUAUGUCUGGGAUUAGUGGUAGGACAGAAUCCACUCUGCCCGAUAAUAAUUUAAUGGAAGCUGCUUUGGGGAAUUUCGCUAAGUGGCUACAAUACACUAAAAAGGUCUUCACAUUGGGGACACAAAUUAUAUUCAGAUCAGUUAGUGAUCUUAAACCAUGGUCAUUGAAUCCAAAGUAUGAUGCUAUUUAUUUGCAUGUACUGGAUAGAAGUAUCAUAUUUCCAGUGGGAGAAGAAUUAAAAGUAGGAGGUCGGAUAGUUUUGUUGGAAGAAUCUGGUGGUGGAGAACAGAAACUGUAUCUGAUGGAUCGCAAAAAUGAGGUUAUGUUUUUCGAAAAACCUCUGAUGAGUUUCAAAAGUGUUGUGCCACGUAGUAUUCAGACUCCAGAAGAAAGUAGAGUAGAACCUGGCGAAGCUAGCAUAAUCAGCGAACCUGAGUAA